UUAAUCUGAGUAAAAUCCAAGUCAGUUUUAGAUUUAGAGGUGAGUGGAUUUGUUUUUUUUCACGCAAGCCCUUGGUGCCCUGGAGCUGUGGAGGGUCCAAAUCAAGUUUCACCCCUGCCAUGUACAGUGCCAAUGGCAAUCAGGAAAUGCCCACAGUCUGGCCUCAUGGGGAAGAGAUGGCCAGAGUAGAGAUGACAACUGUUGUCCAAUCUAGUACUCUGCAUCUUCUCCCAGUGUAUAUGUGUUGGGGAAAGGGAAGGGGUUUGUAUUUUCAGAACUGAUGAUGAAACUGCUGCUCCCAAAUCUAGCCACUUCCUACAUUUGUUGAAAGGAAAAUUAAAUGACAUUUCUUCCCUCAGGAAGAAGGCCUGACCUCCCAAGAACACCCAUCACACGCUCAGAUGGAGCAUUCACAGUUUCGCCACUGCCCACGUCUGACUCCCCACUUGAACCGCAGUCAAACCCAGGAAGAGCACGAAGAAAACGGAAAAUGUCUGUGACAAGGAAAGGUGAGGAGUGGGAAGACAGGAACUGCAGACUUCGUGCCAUCCAGCUGCGUGUUCAGGAUCUGGGGCUUGGUUAUCAGUCAGAUGAAAUUGUCCUCUUCAAGUACUGCAGUGGAAACUGCCCCCUGGCCAGGACCAACCAUGACCUGACCCUUUCGCUGCUGCUAAGGAAAACUGGCCUUCUGAACACGUCACAGAAGAUUGUCAGUGAUCCGUGCUGCCGCCCCACUCAGUUCAAGGAUGUCACCUUUCUGGACAUUAAUAAUCGUUGGCACACAGUGGAAAAGCUCUCAGCCUCUGAAUGCAGCUGCAUUGGGUAACCAUUUGAGCCAGGGAAAGGGGUGGGGCAAAGAGACAAAUAUCCCAGCACAACCUACUCAAACGGAGGCAAAACCCGAGCCAUGCUGGCAGUGGUAAUGAUGGGGGAGGGUGGUGAUGAUAAAGAGACAGAUAAAAAGGGGAGAGUUUAACAACAUGCAGUCUUUAUGGUAUCAAUGAACUGGGCAAGACUCCAAAUCUCAGUUCAGGCAAGUGAAAGUUUUGGUGUUGUGGGGGAACAGGAGGAGAACAAGAGGGGAAGAAUAUGUCAGUGAUUUGUAGCUGCUUUGGCCAGUGAAGCUCCUCAUUGUCAUUUCUUCUAGAUAUUUUUAAAUCAACUUGUUCAGAAAUGUUAUGACCCACCUCUUGAACUCAAACCUGGGCUGUCUGACCCAGUGGUAAAGACACCACCACAAGAGCCCUCCUUUUCUCCUUCUGUGCUACUCUCUGUCUCUCUCGCUCCUUUGUUUGCUUGUGCUGGUUAUUUCACCCACCAUCUGUCCAAGCCUCACCUCAUUUGCUCUCUCUGGCUCUUGCCUCCUUUCUAGCAGUUACAUGCUAAUAUUGCAGUGCUGACAGGGUCAGCAGAACUGCCUUUGGCAGCUAGGUAGGGUGAUCAAUUCACCAGUUUCAUCUGCUCAGAGUUUGCUUGCGGUCUUCAGUCUGUAAGAGAAUUUUCGUGACCAGUUAUACUUAUCCCAUCAAUUAGCCUUUGCAAACUUGUAACUGAGGGCAUAGUGGACGUGAGAGAGGAGGGUUUUGGCCUUUUGAAAACAUCUUUCGGUGAUUCUAGAUGUUCAACUACAUGGAAAUGUAACAGUGAUGUGUGUAUUUACACCUAAAACAGUUCUGAGUCUAGGUUAAAAGAUUUAUAUUUUACUAAUAGUGAUGACUGGUGGUGUUGGGACUGAUUCUUGGCAAUGGGUUGUGCGACCAAAAAUAUUUAUGUAACUAAAUUAUUUAUUUAUUUUAAAGAUUCUGCUGUUGCAAAUGCUUGGAUUUAUCUAAUGUUCAAAUAAAAAGUGAA